AGACUUAUUCAGCUAAUUAUUUAGCAGUUCAGUCUGCAGUAAGUAACUAAUUUUAUCCUGUCAGUAUGAGUGAACAUGCGAUAUCUGUAUGCAGCUGCCUGUGGGCAGUGGAAGAGCAAGCAGCGUCUUUGCGUCACACGCUUCAGAUCUUUUACCCGAGCUCAGUGGCAGCAGCAGAAGUGUCAAGAGGAUCUGAUAGAUCCACAACACAACAGACCCGCUCCGAUCUGCUCCUGUUUCUUCAGCUCGACAGAGGUUCUCUCCUCCCUUAGGCGCCAGGGAAUGGAGUGAUGAACCAGACCGACAAAGCUCCGCAAGAUCUUCCUUCUCUUUUCCAUCCUUCUCCUCCUCUUCCUCCGCCUAUCUUCGAUCUUCGCGCGCCGCGUCCGCCGCUGGAGCUGUGGCCUGGAUGCGGACACCGAUGCUCGGCAGAACUGCGGUGUUUGCGGCCCUGUUGGCCCUCAAUACUUGUCUAACAGGUUCCAACUUAUGUCCUCGCAGUUUGGACUGUGCCCGAGCAGGACGGUUCUUCUGUCGACAAGGCAGCUCACACUGCGGGCCCUGCCUGUACCCUCUGGUGGAGGAUCAUCAUGGCCGCUGUGUUGCCAUGAGAAGACAUCUUCAUCAUUCUGCUCAGGCUGCUAAAGGUAAGGUGAGGGCUUACCCUGAGCUGGAUCAGGAGAUUGACAUCCUGUCGGGCAUCAUCAGUGAGCAGAGAUCUGAGUCCAGGAUCCCAGCCCCACCCUCCCAGGACAGGAAGGCAGAGCAGCUCAUCAGGCCGAUCUCCAGACACAGAGGAUCACCCACAGACCAGCCCACCAACCUGAGCAUCACACUCAGCACUACAAGUGCACCUUCCACUACCAACUGCAGCCCUGGUCAGCUGGGCGAGCCCCGCAUCACCACCUACCCCCCCAAUGACCAAGUGUUUCUCAUUAUGACCAGUGUGAUCAUCACAGUGUGUUUGCUGGUCUUGGUCAUAUCUGGAAUCUGCUGUGUCAGAAUUGUGAGAGAUGCAUAUCUGGAAGCUCAGAAGUUGGACUAUCCUGCAUGUGAAACCCAAAACUUUGGAAACUUUCCUGGGGACCAGAAGCUGGCUCACAGUGCCCAGAUGUACCACUACCAGCACCAGAAACAACAGAUGCUUUCUCUGCAGCAACGCAGGGAUGAGCUCAGACCACCCGACACAGGAACAUCGACAGAUGAGGAGAAUGAUGGAGAUUUCACCGUCUAUGAGUGUCCUGGGCUGGCACCAACAGGAGAGAUGGAGGUGAAGAACCCGUUGUUUGAAGACGCCAACCUUUACCUACACAGAUUCCACAAGUAAAUCCAGAUCGUCACACUGGAAGUGCAUCACCUGUGUGUACUGCUCCCUGAAUUCACAUCCACACACACACUCCACAUGCACUGCUACACUCAGCCAAGUCCAUGUGGAGAGCAAGAUUGUCUCCCUGUCUCCUGUAAAGGAGGAACAUGUGAAAUGUUGGGUUGAUGACUGAAGCUGACUGACUGUGAGUCUCAUGCUCUGCAGCCUUGUUUCAUCUUCAGUUCAGCUGUGAGUCUGUGUGUUGGCUCUGGAAGGACACGUGUGGACUGACUGUGUGUUGAUCAGCUGGAGCAGAGUGCAGCGCAGGAGCCUGCUGAAGCCACCAGCUGGCAGUAUCAAGUUGACUUGAUUUCUGGCUGUCGUUUUUGAUUCAUCAGUAAAUGCUCUUUUUUCCCCCGAGUUUUAACCACAAUUUGUGGUCUUACUAUGAGAUUUUACUUUGAUUUUAAAAAGGAGUGUUUUUGGUUUUUGAUGUUUAUUGUGCCUCCAUGCAGCAUCCUCACCUGUAUCAGUUUAUGUAGCCACUGUUCUCAGCCUAGCACAGUGGCUGAGAACAUCCACCGUAUCAUCCAAGUAACAAAUCAGUCAAUAUGCAUUUCUAGUUUUUUCCAAGUUGGUACCUCAAACUUGCUGCUGAUGUUUAUCCUAUACAUAAACUGUAUGAAGAUGAUUUCAAGGUCAUUUGAAAACAUCUCUAUCUGAGCUCUGAACCAGAGAGUUCAUCCUGUACAUAAGGUAUUGACUACCAUGACUUGUCCUCAUGGUUUAGUGAUGUUUAAAUAGCAGUUGAUGGAACAGGACAGAGUGGUGUGUAACUGCCUGAAUGCUGGGACAAACUGCUGCUGCUUUCUUUAUUUUCAGAGACUAAACUGAAAAUAAAGUUUAGUUUAGUGGCCCACCAGAGUCCAAACGCAUAUCUAGAAUAUUUCUAGUUUUUACUUCAAGAUGGGGGUGGUUUUUUGGUGAGGCAUGUGGAAAAUCUGAAUGAUGCACCAAAUCAGUUUUGGGAGCAUUUUUUAUAAAAGCUUGGGCCUGCUGUUAAACAACUCUGAUUUUUCUUUUAAAAAUAUAAAAAUACAUGUAAACUGCAUUAAAAAGAUGUGUUCUGUAGUCUUUCUGCCAAUAGAUGACCAAAACGUCCAUCAUCCAACCAAUAAAUGCAAAUGAAUAUUGUAUAUGUAAUGGUUCAAAUAAAACUAAUUACAUACACUAAAUUAGACUGCAUCAAAAUGCAUAUAGUGCAUUUCUGAGUUAUUGAAUACAAAAACUUUCAAGCAUUUGAUCUUUGAAUUUCAUCCUUUGUUACAGAUUUGCUACAGCAGUCAUGAAACAAUUUCCACUACAGGUCUUUGAUUUGUUUAACUUCUGACCAAUCACCAACUGACUGACCUUAAUGGGUCAGGAUGACAAAUACAUGAAUAUGUAAAUACAUGCUGUGCUGUAUCCACUUAGAAACUCUAAAAUUAUUCAUUUUACUUUUACCAUAAAAAUAAUUGAAAUUCCAUCCAUCCAUCCAUCUUCUUCCUCUUAUCCGGGGUCGGGUCGCGGGGGUAGAAGCUUCAGAAGGGAGGCCCAGACUUCCCUCUCCCCAGCCACUUCUUCCAGCUCCUCCGGAGGAAUCCCAAGGCGUUCCCAGGCCAGCCGAGAGACAUAGUCCCUCCAGCGUGUCCUGGGUCUUCCCCGGGGUCUCCUCCCAGUGGGACGUGCCCAGAACACCUCACCAGAGAGGCGUCCAGGAGGCAUCCUGACCAGAUGCCCGAGCCACCUCAACUGGCUCCUACAUAAUUGAAAUUCUAAUUAUGUUAUUUCAUAAUUCUUUUAUUAAAUUAUUAAAAUGUUAAUUAUUAGAUUUUUUUAUGUGUGCAAACCUGUUUUAUUUAAAUGUUCACAGAUAUUAACUAUUAUUUGAGAACCUUUUUGGUCACUGGAUUAUGGCCCUUUUGGCCCACCGUACCUGCUGUGAGCAAUCCAGAGCAGAGGCUGCAUCAGGCUAUAAGUAUGAAGGAGAAAUUGCUGUAAAAAGAUAUUUAACGUCUGACUGUCUUUAUUAUCUUUGAACAGUGAAUAGUUGGAGUAGUUAGCCUGGCUAGCUGCUAACAGCCGUAUCUCUCAGGCCGAUGUUGCACUGCGUCUCUAGUAAAAACACAGAUGACUUCAUCCUGCUGAGUCCUCACUGAGAAAACCUUUCUAAAGUGUGACUAUUCCUACUGCCACCAUUUUUAAAUUCAGAAGUUAAUUUUAAAAGCUGAGUUUAAGCUGCCCAGAUUACAGUAUCAUUGACCCCAGAAACAUGUUCAUCACAGCUGCAGGAGGAACAAAGUUGAAACCUAACAUGAAGUUAAAAAUCAAAAAAAAAUUUUGAAGUUGUUUAGAUUUUCUGUUUUCAGAGGAAACCAGAGAGCAUUCAGGUUCCCUCUAGCUCUGCAGAGGGACGUUUGGGUCAAUGACCCCAAUACAGCCAACAAUCACAGCAUGACCAAACUGAAUCCACACUAAAACAUGUUGGGAUUUUUUCUGACUUGCUCUGUGGACUCAGCAAUCUGACGACUGAAUGAAUUCAUUAAACACUUAGAAUAAAAUACAUUUAGAUCUAUUAACUAUAGCUGUCUUGUUUCAGUGAUGUGUUUGAAUAGAACUAACUGUGUUUUGUAAAGCUCCUAUGAGCGCUGUUACCCCUCAACCCCAGAUCGAUGUUCUCUGCCUUUCCUUUGCUGAAGACGAGCUCCUCUACUCCACAGGCUCACAUGUCUGAGUCUGGAGGUUCCUGCCUGCCUCUUUGCAUCUGGAACAGAGCUCAGCCAGGAUGGGCACCAGAGACACUUUGAGGCAGGAAUCUGGAGAUGAAGCCUUAUCUCUGUUUCACCGUCAGUGAAGAAAUGAAGGAGCUCAUCAAAUACACAAACCCCUCCAGCAGACAUGUGGUUUAUCCAGAUUGAUAGUUUGAGGAGCAAAACGGACUGUUCACGCAGCAUGCAUAGCAAAGAUCAAAUUGUCAUGUUGCAUUUUUACUUAUUUUUAUGUUCUUUUUUCCCCUCUGCUGAAAGCUAAACACAAAUCCCUGCUGAGUUUUCUUUAGGUUGUUCUCUUCCAGGUUAACAAUUCUGUAAAGGAGCUUUAGAACAAUACAAACUGUCUUUGGCCUCUUUAUAUGUUCUCCAUAGGUUUAGCUUGCAUGUGCAUAUAUCAAAGCUGUAAUAAAAUAAAUAAAUAUUUAAAAGAU